AUGAGCAGCACGCCGACACCAAGUGAGGCGUCCGGCAGCCAAACUGGCCUGGUUCCUGCGCUACUGUGCCAGAAAUGUGGUGAAGCCACAAACAUGGCCAGUAGCAGUGCUACUGGCCGAAACCCUCUGUUGCGAGCCUGCAACGGCUGUUGUGCAACGGAGAAGUGGCUGAAUAGAAGCCUGGCCAAGCCCAAGGGCCGAGAUGAAACGGAAGAGGAAAAAGCACGCCGAUUGAACGCACAAAAGAUCAAAGAUGAGCUGAAAGCCAAGACGCCCGAAGACAGGAAGAAGUGGUUUGCAGAACAAAAGCUUUCCCGAGCCCAAGAAGAUCACCGAACAAAGCGAACCUUCAGCUCUGCAGUUGGCCAUGUGGAAGAAAGAAGGAUUGCUUCCUCCUUCAAAGACAAUGUGGAGGUCUACGUACCGUUCAGAACUUGGGCAGCUCAAGAAAUGUCGCUCAAGGUGUACAACACUUUGAAGGAGGCUGAGGGAGGCUGGGAGAAACUCCUAGCAAACCCGGCCACCUUGACCGUGCAGCAGAAUGGCCAGACCUGUGUGAAGCAGUUCCACGGGGUGGAGGUGCGACAACGCGACGGCCACGAGUUCCAGUCAGGACUGAGGCAGAGAAUGGAUAUCUCCGAUGAGAAGGAGCUGGAUGAAUAUUUGGAAGAGAAUGAGAGCCGGCUGAAGCGAGCAAAGAACAGGCUUUCAGUCGAGGCCAAGGCAAACGAGGAAGAAGGUGGUGAGAAAAUCAUCCCUCUGCUUACUGUCCGCAAAGACCUGGGGCAGCUGAAAGAGAUUGAGGAAGCAAGGGAUGCAGAGAUGCAUGCCCAGGCCGCUGCCAUUGCAGAGAGAAAAGCCAGGGAAGCAAAGCAGAAGAAAGACAAAGAAGAGAACCAGGAGAAGUCCCUGCCCCUGGAGAAGCUGGCACUGCAGUCUGCAAAGGGAAAGGCAGUGCAGACCAUGACAAACGUGCUCUUGAGGCUGCAAACAGUUUACAAGACCUUGGAAGAGGAGGCCAACAAGAUCACAGAAAACGAAAGCGAAGACAUCAAGAAGGAGCAGGCUGCCAAGUUCCGGUGUGUGGCCAUUGCCAUGCAGACCCUGGAAACCGCCAUCAAUGAGAAGGACAAAAGUUGGGAGCAUGAGACAAGCACACACCAGACUGCGGACCAGCUGGCGGCCCUGAGGCAGCAAAUCACCGAGGCGACCAAAAACUUCCACACAACCUCUGAGGAGUGCAAGGCAGCGAGAGACACGGUCACGGAUGUGAGGUGCUGGCUGAACAGCACAAAAAAGGCAAUCCGCGACGCAGAGAAAGCAGCCCAGAAAACAGCUGCUGGGAAGAAGAUAGCCAAAGUUGCUGCCAGCAACACCCUGGAGCAGCUGGGCAUGGCCUUGGCCAAGGACUGCAGCGGCAUGACAGAGUCAUGUGGCAACAUGUCCUACAGCCUCAAUGUCCAGCAGAUCUUGGCGGGAGGCCCGCCCUGUGUCCUGGACACGAAUCGCAGCCAGCAGCUGCGAGAUGCGGUUUUUAAGCUGGACUACUACAAGUUGCAGAAGACAUGGGUGGCAGAGAAGAUGAAGUUCGUGCAGGGCAGCAGUUGCUCCGCCAUCGUGUCCAAGAAAGCUGUGGCCGGCAGGCUGGCCCAGUUCUUGCAGAGGUCUUGGCCCGACAUCCUGGGCGAUGACCCACUGCGAGGAAUUCCUGCCGAGGCACAGGACCAUUUCGUGAUUCAGUUCGCCCAGAGGCACAGCAACACCGGAAGUAUCUAUGCGCGAACAGAGAUGAAUUGCCCAAUGUUGCUGAUUCUCUUGGAGGGGGAGUUGGCAGUUGGAGGGUUCCGUCCUGAGAGGCUGGGUGGCAAGACCCUAGCCGAGGAAGUGAAAAAGUUGGAAAGCAUGACAGCUACACAGAUCCGACUGGAAGCGGAAAAUCAUGGCUGGAUUUCCAGGCUGAAGCCUGGAGCAAGCAUUGUGAUUCCGUCCAACUGCGUGUGGUUUGAACUUUCGGGGGACGAUGACGAGAAUCACAGCAUUCGCCAAGUGCUUGGACGAGAGGCCUUCACACCUGCAAUGCUCCAGUGGCUGCAGCAGAUGGACAAGGAGGGUAGCCUGGCACAGAACGAGGCCUUGGUGAAGCUCAGUGCCUUCCUUCAGUCACAGGCUCAGGCAGCGUGA